UAAAAGUUGACAGCUUCUCUGCAUGCGCAUCAUUGGCGAUAUAAGUUAAAUUAUACUAUUGUUCAAUAUUGUAGAUUGAAUUGAAAAAUUAAACAUUUUUUCUUUAUUUAACAUCUCCACUGAACUUAUCAACACGCCGAAGACUCUUAAGUAUUUAUUAAUGAUAUGGGUAAACCCAAGAAAGGGGCCAAAGGCCACGACGAAGACAUUGAGGAUAAUGAGGAGGUUAAAACCCAACAGAUGGAAAAAAAAUCAACCCAAGAACCCAGUUCUAAUGUCGCAGGAAAAAAGGACAAGAAAAAGAAAAAGGGGAAAACUCGUGACGAUGAUGACGAUUGGGAAAUUGAAAAAGAGCUUAAAGCACUUUCACUUGAGGCAAAUGGGGGAGCUUUGGAAGAGGAUGAAGAUGAUGCCCCUGCACCUGUUGUGAGCAAAAAGAAGGAUAAAAAGAAGACUAAAGGAAUCUCAGCAUUUCAACUGUUGGAGGGCUUGGGCGACUCAGACACAGCUGACAAAAGUGACAAAGCCAGUGAUGAUGAAAAGGACAGUAUUGUUAUUGAAACUGUGGUACCAGAAACUAACAAAUCGAAAAAGAAAGAAAAAAACAAAAAGAAAGAAAAACCUACAAGUGUUCAGGAUCAAGAUAUUGAGGCCAUUAUGGCUAGCCUAGAGAAGAAACCACCAGAGAAAAAAAAAGGAAAGAAAUCUAAAAAGAAUGAGGAGGAGGAAGAUACGCCUGAACCUGCUUCUCAUUUGGAACAAAAAGAAGUAGCUAAAGUUGAGCCCAAAGUAGUCACAAUUGAUGACUAUGACAAUGAAGAAUAUGACCGGAAAAAAAAUAAAAAAGGAAAAAAGGGAAAGGUUGAAGAGGUGGAACAGGAAGUGAAUGAGGUACCUAAAACAGAGCCCAAAGUGGUGACAAUGGAUGAUUAUGAUGAUGAAGAAGAAGACCACAAAAAGAAAAAGAAAGGGAAAAAAGGUAAAGAUGCAGAAAAGGAAGAAAACAAUAAAGCCGAUGACAAGAAAGAUGAUGGUGACGAGGAGGAUGAUGUGGACGAGGAUGGUGGUACAGUGAAAACUGCUGCACAGAAGAGAAAAGAAAAGAAAGAAAGAGAAAAACAAAAGAAAUUGCUGGAGAAGCAAAAACAGAAAAAGGGAAAGAAGGAGGAAGGAGAAGUCCCCAAAAGUGAGGGGACUACUCAAAGUGCAGCUGGGACAAAACAUGAAGAGCCAGAAGCUGUGGCAGCUUCUGCAGUAGCGCCAGAUGCUUCGGAAAGUAAAGAAAGCACUCCAGAUAAUGAGGGGGACAAAGAAGAAAAUACAAAAGAUGGAAAAAAGAAAAAGAAAGUUGCCAAGAAGGGAGCAAAGGAAGAGAAAGAGAAAGAGGGUGCAAAGCCUAGUAAAAAGCUUGCCCUGAUUAAAGAGCAUCUGAAAAAGAUUCAGGAAGAAGAACAAAAAGCCAAAGAAGAGGCAGAAAGAUUGAGGCUAUUGGAAGAAGAGAGAAUUCGUAAAUUAGAAGAAGAGAAACGUCUGGAAGAGGAGAGAAGGUUAAAGAAAAAAUUGAAGAAGAAAGAGAGAGAAGAGAGAUUAAAAAAAGAAGGAAAGUUUCUGACAGAGAAACAGAAACAAGAUAAGAGGAGACUGGAACAAAUGUUGGAGUCUAUGAAAGGAACAGGUGCUGAGCUGCCCCCCAAAGAAGAAGCUCCUGAUGUGCCAAAAAAGAGACCAAUUUAUCAGAAAAAGAAAAAAACACAAGCUCAAGCAGGUGGCGAUCAUGUAGAGAAGUCUCCUUCCCCCACCACACCUACCUCCACCACUGAAAUAUUAAUCAUCCCAUCAGAGCCUGAUGUUUCCAAAACCAGUGAGGAUGUUGAUGAACCAGAGAUCAGCACAUCUCUUGAAGCUGAAGUCAUAUCAGAUGAAGUCAAAGAGGCCUGGGAUGCUGAAAGUGACAAAGAGGAAAAUGAUAAAGAUUCCAAGCCAGCUGUGCAGAUUGAGAAGAAUAAGGAACCUGUUAGUGUAGCUGUGGAGAAGAAAGAGGUGGAAGAGGAAGAAGAAGAGGAGGAGGAGGAGGAGGAAGAUGAUGAGGAAAGUGAAGAGGAGAGUGAGUCUGAAAGUGAGGAAGAAAGUAGUGAGGAGUCUGAAGAUGAGGAAAUGUCACCAGCUGAAAGAGGAAAAGAAAAAGUCAUGAAAAGAGCAGAGAAAGCCCAAAAAGAAAGAUCAAUUGACAACUUGAGAGCCCCUGUUGUAUGUGUCUUGGGUCAUGUCGACACUGGCAAAACAAAAAUUUUGGACAAGUUGCGCAGAACCAAUGUACAAGACAAUGAAGCUGGUGGUAUCACACAACAGAUUGGUGCCACCAAUGUUCCCAAAGAGGCUAUCAUAGAGAAAACAAAGAUGUGUAAAGAGUUUGCUAAACAAGAGUUGAAAUUACCAGGUCUUCUGAUCAUUGAUACACCUGGCCAUGAAUCUUUCAGUAAUCUACGUGUGAGAGGUACCUCCUUGUGUGACAUUGCUAUUCUAGUCAUUGACAUCAUGCAUGGCUUGGAACCUCAGACCAUUGAGUCUAUCAAUAUUCUGAAAGAAAGGAAAACACCUUUUGUUGUAGCUUUGAACAAGAUUGACAGAUUGUACCAGUGGAAGCCUCAACCAACAGCAGAUGUUCAAAAUACAAUCAAGAAACAGACUCCACACACAAAAGCUGAGUUUGAUGAAAGAGCUCAACAGGUCAUUGUACAGUUGGCACAAGAAGGUCUCAAUGCUGCACUUUUCUAUGACAACAAAAAUCCAAAAGAGUACAUUUCCCUUGUGCCCACAUCAGCUCAUUCUGGAGACGGUAUGGGCAACUUGGUAGCACUUAUUGCAGAACUGUGCCAGACAUUACUGGCCAAAAGAUUAAUGUACAGUGCUAAUUUACAAGCUGUCACCAUGGAGGUCAAGGCCAUCACAGGCAUGGGCACCACUAUUGAUGUCAUUCUGAUCAAUGGAACAAUUAAUGAAGGCGACACCAUAGUGUUAGCUGGAACAGAAGGACCUAUAGUGACCCAAAUCAGAGGUCUGUUGAUGCCUCAGCCCAUGAAAGAAUUGCGUGUCAAGAGUCAGUAUGAACACUUCAAGACAAUCAAGGCUGCUCAGGGAGUGAAAAUCAUUGCUAAAGAUAUGGAGAAAGCUCUAGCUGGCCUGCCUCUCUAUGUGGCUCAUGACAAUGAUGAGAAAGAGUAUUACAAAGAAGAGGUGGCAGCAGUAUUGAAGGAAACACUGGAAGCUAUAAAAGUUCAAGAAAGAGGAGUCUUUGUCCAAGCUUCCACACUGGGGUCUCUAGAAGCGCUGUUACAGUUUCUGAAGACCUCAGAGAUUCCUUAUGCAGGUAUCAGUAUUGGUCCAGUGCACAAAAAAGAUAUAAUGAGAGCAUCUGUCAUGCUGGAGCAUGACUCACAGUAUGCUGUGAUCCUUGCCUUUGAUGUGAAAGUUGAACGAGAGGCCCAGGAGUUGGCGGACACACUCGGGGUGAGAAUCUUCACCGCAGACAUCAUUUACCAUUUGUUUGAUGCCUUCACAAAGUACAGAGAGGAUUUGAAGAGGAAGAAACAGGAGGAGUUCCGACACAUUGCCGUGUUUCCUUGCCGGCUGCGUAUACUGCCUCAGUUCAUUUUCAACAGCAGGGACCCUAUUGUGAUGGGGGUCAGCGUUGAGGCUGGCUUUCUUAAAGAGGGGACUCCACUGUGUGUGCCAAGCAAAGAGUUUCUAGAUAUUGGUCGUGUGACCAGUAUCGAGGUUAACAACAAGCCUGUGGAAAUGGGCAAACAAGGCCAAGAGGUUUGUAUCAAGAUCUCUCCCAUUCCUGGAGAGGCUCCCAAGAUGUAUGGACGUCAUUUUGACGAAACUGAUAUGCUAGUUAGCAAGAUAACAAGACAGUCCAUUGAUGCUGUCAAAGAUCAUUUUAGGGAUGAGAUGUCUAAACAAGACUGGAGGCUGAUGGUAGAGCUGAAGAAACAGUUUGACAUUUUAUGAUCACAGUGGCACUGUGUCUCUCUCUCUCCAUGCAAUCUCUCCCCCCUAACAUUUUUUUUUCCUCAUUUGGGUUUGUAGGUUUUUUUUAACAAUUCAAAACUUGUUGAUUUCUGUUUGAAGUGACUCAGAUGACAAUGUCAGGAUGCGUUGGUCAUCUCCAGAACAUUCUUUUGAAUAUCGUGUCAUGGUGAAGACAUGACCUAGUAUUGCUAGAUGUCAGUGACCUUAUGGAUCUGCUGUGGUAUAGUUUCCAUUCAACAAGUGUUUAGUGUCUUUGUAGCAGUUUGUAUUAAGCAAUUUGCAAGCAAAUUAUAAAUGUACAUUCUGUUUAAGCUUCAAUAUUUUGCUUUGUUUAUAAUAUUCAACAAAAACAUGACACUGUGUUGUUGUUUUUUUUAAGUCAUUGGAUUUUAAGAAGAAAGUGUUUUUUUUUAAUAAACGUUUUUAAAAACAAAAUUUACAUUUGCCAAAUGUAUUUUGAGCCCAGGAAGUAAUAAUUUUUAGAAAGUUAGUUCCCAGCUUGCUCAGUAUUACAAAAAGUGCUAGAAAGAAACUGCUUUUCUGUAGCAAGAGACCAAAAAAAAGUUGUGGCUGCCUUUUUUUUUUUCCAAUAUGGUUUAAAGGGGAGAGCAAAUUAGUGAGUGCAAAAAAAAAAAAAAGAAGCUAUUUGCACAACUCGUUUCCAAUUAUUUACAUAAACAAAAGAAAAAGUGAGUGUUCUUUGAUAUAGGGUAGUCUAGUCCUAUAUAACAAGUCUCCUAUAAUAUGCUACAUAUUGUUUAAAAAAUAUUUAUUAUCAUUGUUGUAUGUGGCUAUGGAUAUCUUUCAAUUACUGAGAUAUAAUUGUUAUGACAGACUUUUGUUUGAUUGUCCACACAUCUUAUUUUAGGACAUUGGUAAAAGGAGGGUGCUGUUUAUUAUGAAAUUAUUACAUUUUUGUCCAUUAUAUUAAUCCUAAAUUGUUUUGUUGAUUUCUAUACAUAGUAGUCAGGUUUAUGAAUGACAAAAAAAAAAGUGUUUUGCUUGUGUUUUUUUUUUUGGAUUGAUUCUAGAUGGAAAGAAAAAAAAAAGGUUGAGUGCUCCAAGGGCAUGUUUCUGACUUGAUCAAUGUAAAAUAUCUGAAAACAAAAUAUAAAUAUUGUGUAUAUAGAUGAACAUGUGUUGUGUCUUGUUCAUGAUGUGUCUGCCAGGUCAGUGUUUCAAUGUAGCCAGGUUUUGAUUAGUAGAUAACAUGCAACCCUCUCAAAAAGAUUGGGGGGGGGGGGGGGUGUUUGUCAUUUUCUAAUAGAGAAAAUCUCUGCUUGAUUAACUUUCAACAAGCUUUGUGUUUUCUUUAAUGAAAGGUUAAUGUUAUGGGAAAUCAGAAAGUCCUAAAAAUUCAGGUGCCGGUGUUGAAAUCAACAUUGAUUGAAAUUGAACUAGGAGACACCCAUUAGAAAAAUGGUUAAACAAUUGAGGCCACCCUUAUUGAAUAAACUGGUAACAAUUAAAUUUCUUGACAAUAAUCUCUUUCAUAAAUUUGAUAACAAGUAACAGAAUAAGACAUAUCAUCAUUAACAUGCAUAGUACUAAGUAACGAAAUAAAGCAAAAGACUAAAGAAAAAAAAACACUUUAAGUAAGUUUAAGUGAUUUUUAUUUUGUAUGAGGUAGUUUAAAGAAUCCCCCCUCCAUUUUGUUUGUUUGAUAUUGUCCUCCUUGACACUUACUACUCAUACAAACAUAUUUAGCAAGUGUUCAAGUCGACAUUAUGGAGGGAAAGAGAAGACUGGUAGGGGAGAGGGAGGGCUGCAUUAUCUCCCCUGGCCAGUAGUGCCAUUAGGUCAGAAGUGAAAGUCAUUAAAUUGCCCUCCGGGUACAAGUGGGGUCUACUGUGGUACUUGUAUUCUCUUGGGAGGUCUUCUUGAUUUCCCCCCCCCCCCCCCGGUCGACUUAACCCUUUCUCUGUAGAUACAUAAAUGUGUAUAUGUAUUAAAAUCUCUUCUUCCAAGUGAUGUGAUUCUCUUCCCAGUCCAUGUUCUCCAUUCCGCCCCACCCCCACCCCCAUGCUUUGAGUAUUGUUAAACAUCUUGGGACUAAGCAUUGAUCCAGCGCACCCAAACCCUUGUCAUUGAGUAGAAUGUAUCUCGGCAUGUUUUGUUUCAUCUGUUGUUCCUCGCUCUGAAUGUUGUCCACGGUGUUACGUUCAGAACUCAUGAUGGUACAUUGGCUCUGUGACAUAAAAUAAAGUCUUUCUUGAAGAA